AAAUGGACAAUCUCCAGAAUUCUCACCCUAAAUGAUCUUCAAGUUGGGCCUUCAGGGGUAUCUAGGAGAGUAAAUGGACAAUUCUCUUCCCAAGUGACCUUUAGCCACUAAUCCUAUGUUCCACCAUUUGCUUUGGAAGGGAAGAUGCUGGUGGGGGACAGUAAGUUGGGGGAACAGAAGGAGGGAUUCCCAUUAUAUUGGUAUAGACAAUAAACUAAGGGAUUAAAAAAACAACAACUUUAGUUUCCCUUUAAAUUAAUUACAUAACCUUGGUAAACAACCCAUAAAAAGAUUGGCUUAAAAAUAACCCCAAACUCCGUGGGUUGGAUCAUGUCCCAAGUAUUUUAUCUGUCACUCAUUCCAGAGUGGGAGGGGCUAAAGGGCCCUUGGGUGAUCUCAAAAGCUUUAUAAUCAGCCUUGGGAUAAGGUGACUGCAGUCUUAGCCAGCAGCGCGCACACACGUUCUACACCAGCCGGAGCACCAAUGGACGCCCUGAAAUGGACUCUGUCACUAUUCGGACUGUUUCUAUUGAGCACAGAAUUUUCUACUUGUUCAGCGUUUCCCUCGAGAAGAGGAGCGGAUGAGAAUCUGUUCCAGACCCAGUUCCUAGAGGCCCAUAAUAAGUACAGGAAAAAGCACAACGUCCCUCCAAUGAGACUCAAUGCGGAGCUCAGUAAAUCCGCCCAGACCUGGGCCAACCACCUUCUGUCUAUUAACAAAAUGCAGCACAGCGGCGCCGGCGGGGAGAACCUUUAUUAUUCCUACAGCUCCCGGGGCAGGACCCUGGCAGGGAACGUUGCCGUGGAUGCUUGGUAUAACGAGGUGAAGGAUUAUGAUUACAACAAACCGGGCUUUAAAGCAGCAACAGGGCAUUUCACUCAGGUGGUCUGGAAGGACUCUAAGGAGCUGGGAGUUGGAGUUGCCACUGACGGCAAAGGGACUUUCUACGUGGUGGGUCGGUACAGCCCCCCGGGCAACGUCAUUGGCCAGUUUCAAGAGAACGUCCUGCGCCCAAAGUAAAUGCCCACUGGCGGGAAACCCCCGAGUGCCGGGGCAAGAUUGACCAAUAGUAAUUCAUGUUAGAGGGGGGGGGGCACAGGGAUUGCUACACGGUUGCACCAAUUACACUUCCUCAGAAUAGAAAGGAAAGAGGAUGUGGCUAUUAAAGGGGAACUAAUAACAGGUGAAAUGUUUGUUCAGGUCAUUACAUUUGUCCCUUUCAUUUACUAUUCUCCUUACUUGGGCUGCUCUCUUUCCCAUGGUCAGGCAGGAACCCCCCCCCUGGGUAAGUGAAUCCAAUCUCCCCCCAGUACUUACCCAGGUACAGAGCUCUGAUUCUCUGUACUUCCUGCUCCUGGGCUGCUCUCUUUCCCAUGGUCAGGCAGGAACCUCCCCCUGGGUAAGUGAAUCCAAUCUCCCCCCAGUACUUACCCAGGUACAGAGCUCUGAUUCUCUGUACUUCCUGCUCCUGGGCUGCUCUC